CUACGAAAGGAAGUAUUUUUCUUCAUGUUACGGCAAAUAAUGAUUCCUUGAAUCUUCCGACACGUAGAGACGCUUCAAAGAUUACAAAGAUGACGAUACGUGUCGGUGCAAAAUCUACCGAGAUUAAUUUAUGAACAAAUAUUAUUAAUACUUAGUUGAGAUGAUUUAAUUAAAAUGAGAUUAUAUCUUGAUCUUAUUUCGCGUAAUUUUGUGCUGAAAUUAAUUAUUGUGCUGAAAAUCGUUAAUUAUAGGUCUUGAGUCUGAAACGUAUUCAUUGGCGAAAAAUCGGCGAAAACUUUUAGAUGGGAAUUAACGAGAUUGUUUUGAAGUAUAGUUAAAGUAUAGUAAAACACGCUUCCACGAUUCAUCUGCUCCCAAUUAACCUACAUGCAGAUAAAAUUCGGGAACGUUAUUAAAUACAGAGAUAACUGCACAUUUUAAUUAAAAUUGAACGAAAUUUCAAUGCUCAUAGCAAUUUAUUACCACGUUAGUAUUAUUGUAAUCGUGAUUGAUGACUGAUCUUGCUGCGUUUGACAUCAUUAAUUACGGAAAAUUGUACAUCACACGUAUAUCAUGCAUCAGACGAAAAUCCCUCUGUAGAUAAAUAAAUAUUUGAGAGUACACGUAUGUCGCAAAUCUCUCAUUGGGUUUUCUCAUUUCGGUUUUCAUUUAGCAUUUCAAUCCAAGCGAUUCUAGCUUUGAACCGUGACGUAUUUCGUAAUCACGCAUGUUAUAUCAAUAUGUAUAUAAAUUAUUAAUAAAAAUUUGUUAUGGAAUUAAAAAUUACAUGGUGAACAAAUAGUAUCACUCUCAGCAUAUUAUAAUAACAUUAUGUUAUAUAAUUACAUAAUUUCUGAAAAAAGAAACGUUUUCAAUUUGUUCAGAAAAGCUGUAUGUAAAACCAGAAAAGGUAUUUAUUCGGGAACUAAGAUACAACUCCAUGCGUAUGGUCCGAGUUACAAUAAAACUCAACAUUUUAAAUAGCUAAAUUAAUUUAUGAUGGUUGAGGAUUGGUUAAAGGAGUGAGAGCGAUCUUUGUUUCACUGAUAAGUAUCUUUACGCAGUUUAUAUUCUUUAUGGUUUAUAUUUAGAGAAGCAGCAAGCGCAUGUUCCAAUUUAUCAGAGGAAUUUGCUAAGUUUAACUUAAAUUAAACGGUUGAAUCAACCCGAUGCUGGCUGCAUCUGUUUCCAGUAAAAAUCAUGAACCUAUUUUUACCGCAUGAUAAUUAUAUAUUAUUGUUUUUAUUUACAUAAUCAUAAACAACACGAUUGCGCAUUUAUUAUAGCAGAUGCUACAAGUCCACGUGAGGCAUUAUUAAAAUUCAUUUUCCAUUCAUAAUGGCACGGUGCAGAAAUUAAGUUAGUCGUUUCACCGCCAUUUAACCCCGUGCCGAUCCAUUUUAUUGCGCGGAACUAGAAUAAUCGCGAAAAUUAACUGCCAAAAUUUAUGACAAACGUAAUACAUUCGCGUGAGCGCGCGCAUAUAAUGCAUCGUACCCGAAUCUUAGUAUCAAACGCUGGGGGCAUGCUGAAAUCGCAUAAACGGAUGCCAUUUAUCAUGCUGCCAGGUCUUACUACGCUGGCUGAGUGACAGCGCGUUAAAUUUAGCAUUAAUGAUGCGGUUCGAGGUAUUAUAGCGAGACGGAAGUUCGUUAAUUAGUUAUCGUGGCGAAAAGUGUAUGGAGCAACUUGUGUGCCGCGUUCCACAUAUCUGAUCGCAUCUCCAUCGUGUUGCGUCAGUGAACUUUAAUUUAUACUUUGAUAAAAGAUGCGAAUACGACUCGCAAGGAAGAAGCUAUAUACUCAACUUCCGCAUGUAAAGUGAAACUGUGCACAAAGAUGUAUAACUUUGAUCGUCAAAAUUUCAGUGGACUCAUUUACAAGUGUAAUUUUCCCACGUAACGCGGAGUAAAAGUGCGGCGAGAUAACAAACCGUAUUGCGCAAAAGAAAGGCCGGUUCCGCGUGUGUCACUCGCAACCUGGCUUGGUGCACAAUGCAAUUCGACUCGCAAUCGCAUCCUAUUAAUGAACGCAGUUCGCAUCCGCGGCACGCGCGUUAAGAUCGUUACGAAAUCUCGCGUCACGUGUGCGAGAACCGAAAGCCAGGCGGAAGGAAGGAAGGAAGGAAGGAGCAGGGAAGGAAGGAGAGAAGGAAGGAAGGAAGGAAGCACGUGAGGCAUUAUUAAACUUCUCGCGCUCUAAUCCGAGUGUAACGUGCGCGGUUUACGUGGUUGGAACGAAAACUAUGCGGCACCAUGAAGGGGCCAAGAAGAAUCGGUGGUGGCCUACCGAACGGGAGAAGACUGGACUACUGCCAGAAGACGCGUCAAGCUCGAGGGGUAUUGCUGGUGUACUUGAGCAUUUGUGCGUUGCUGCCCGACGCUAUUUUCACCGCGUCGGCACACGUACGCGAAACAUUCAAGGAAGGUGCGCAGCGGCAUGCAAACGAUGCUAAUAAUGAUCCGAUGGAAGAUCUACCCGUUUUCGAGCCGACAGCAGCGAAUGUCAGUGCAUUUGUAGGGCAAACCGCAUAUCUGCCUUGCCGCGUGCGAAAUUUGGGCGACAAAGUAGUUUCAUGGAUGAGGAGCAGAGAUCUUCACAUUCUCACUUCGGGAAAUUUUGCGUUCAGUUCGGAUGCACGAUUUGGACCCCAGCACACGCCAGGUAGCGACGCUUGGACUCUCAGGCUGGAUAAUGCCAGAAAGACGGAUUCUGGCAAAUACGAGUGCCAGGUCAAUACGGAACCGAAGAUCAUGUAUGCAGUGCAGCUCUCGGUGCGAGAUACAGACAAACCGGACAGGUAUGACGAACCGCAUUCUCAGCAAACGCGUAUAAGACUUCCAGGCUAUGAGAGCACAGCGCCAGUGGCGGACAUAAUGGGCCCCCGGGAGCAAAGGGUGCCGUCGGGCUCGACGAUCACCCUGAGGUGCGUCAUAUUGUCGCCGUAUCAGACCCGUCCCAUCAGGGGUGUACAAUGGCUUCGGGAUAACAAACUCCUAACAUUCCAGGCAGCGCGUGGAGGAAUAAAUGUGGAGACUGAAAGGGGUGCAGCACGUACGGUGUCAGUGUUGACUUUGGCGGCGGUGACGCAGGAUGAUGUUGGAAACUACUCAUGCAGGCCAACGGAGGGUCGAUCAGCCACUGUCACCCUGGUCGUUGAGGAAGGGGAACGCACGGAAGCCAUGCAACGUGACGCCGGAUACGUCUCCUCCGGAAGUGACGUCAGGCACUGGCCCGGACUUCUGCUUCCGUUUUCGUGGCUUCUAAUACUCGCGCGCAACAGACAAACUUUCUUGCUCUAGCGCUCCCCCAACAAUAUUUCACACUUAUUUCUUGCCACACGAAAAUGUACCUAAAAUGCGACCGAGCCAAUUUUGGGUCGUAUAUUGACGUCUAGAGUCUAGUAGAGCAUAUUUAUGAAACGAUAUGCCAAGCACGAUACGAAGGUAGUUAAACUCACAAUGCAGGGAUUAUGCAGUUUAGAAAAUAAUUGCGAUAAAAGCUACUUGGUCCAUAAUAGUUACAAAUAUACACCGAAAAUAAAGUUAUCAAACCUGAUCUAAUAUCAAAGCAUCUUAAAAGCAUCUUAAAUGUAAUUAUAAAGAUUGUAUUGAAUCGUAGUAAAAGUUUAAUAAACCUCGUUCGAUAGUUAGAUUAGCAAUAAAAUAAUAUACUUUCUUAUGCGAUCAAAGGACUCUGAAUGAAAUAAAAAUGAAAAUGGUUGCGUGAUGAGAUUAUAUGUGAAUGCGUGGAAAAUAUAAAAGUUAACGUUAAUUUGCUUUCUAUAGAUUAUAAGACAGGAAAAGAUAAAAUUUAAGAGCAUAAAUUAUAUAGUAAAGAUUCUAAAGUAUAAUCGUACAUGUAUAAAUUAUGAUCUUUCUGACAAAGAAGGCUAAGAGUGGCCACAUAUCCGAGGUUUUCAUAUAUAAUUUAUACAUGUAUAUUUUUUUACCAUAUAUAUUAUUAUAGCGAAAGCGGAUCUAUGCACAAAAUAAAUUCUGCAUUGAUAAUUGUAUAAACGUUUCUCUUCAAUCAUGCUUAAAAACUUUCUUUUGUUAAUUAAACACGUAAAAGUACAAAAAAUAUAAAAUAUCCAUUAGAUUCACCUCAACUAUGUAUAUACGAGGAUGACAAAUAUUUUGUAGGAAUUUAAUGCAAAUGGUGGUGGAAAUAAAAAUAGAAUGUCCUGGCACAAAACUUCUCUUGUACUGCCCGGUAAAUUAAGUCUCGUUCACAAAUAAUUCAUUAAAUGGCCUUACUCCAUUUGAUCCCAAUGUUCUGGAAUGUUCUUUUCGUUACGUCCUCGCAAUUCAUGACGUUUCUUUGAGCGCAGCUCUUAAAGUCAAUGGGAUUAAAGCGGCCACGUAGCGCCAAAGGAUACGGAGGUAAUUUGAUAUCGUAUAUCGCGCUACAUCCUUUUGGUCGAAGAGACGCAAAGAAUACGUCAUGAAUUUCAUAAAAUGCAACAAAGUAUCUGCGUAAAAAAAAGUAUGUACAUUACAUUAAUUUUGUUAAUUAUCGAUAUCUACAAAUAUUCAAAACAAUUUUCUCGUCACAUACAUAUAUGUAAAUUGUGGAAAGAUCAGGUACGUAUUUGUCUUAUUGUUAAUGCAAAACUACCUUUAAUACGAGAUUUUAUUUUAUAAGAUUUAUGUAGAUUAUAUAAUUAUGUAGAUGUAGUAUUAAUGUAGAUAACGUAUGUAGAUACAAUCAAUGUGUAUUCAGUCUAUAUGUUGCCGUAUGAGAUAAAUUCAGA